AUGUUAGCGAAACGACUUAGACAUAAGAUUAAGUAUGGAAUAGUAUUAAUAUGUGCAAUUAUCACCAUUCUGAACUAUCACUUCGCACCCACGGAGAGACUUGUGGAAAAGACCAACUCAACUGCAGUCAUCAUGAUUCUGUACAAUCGGAUACCCAAAUGUGGCAGUUCGCUCUUAAAUGUUCUUUUCGAACAGUUAUCAAGCAGAACAGGUGCAUUCAUACACAUAUUUGGACAUUCAGAAUCUCUUUAUCACCGUUUGUCCAUCGAAGAACAACAUAAUUUGACUAGAGACAUCCGUCAUCAUGUAUAUGUUCACAGUCCUCGUCCGACUGUGUUCCUACAACAUUUUCACUUCCUUCAUGUUGCGUCUACAUCAAAUGCUACUUUUUAUUAUAUAAACCAGUAUCGUGAUCCACUAGCACGUACUUUAUCUAGUUUCGACUUUCGACGGAACUACUGGCCGUUCACACUAUUGUGUUGCUUCCUUUACAUCCCCGGCCUCGUCGCAAUAGUAGUGGUACUAAGUUUAAUUCCAGUUUACUUGUCAACAAAUCCUAUUUCUGGUACCACUAUCAAUUCUUUCCUAUUACCGUACAAUGUCACUUAUGGUACUAAUUUCAAAAGUGAUAGUGUGUCUGCGAUUCCAAAUCUUAACAGCCUGGCCACACAGUUGAUGAAUCAAUAUUCAAAUACUGAUAUAAGCGUUAUAACAACACUAUUCAUUUCGACAGAAUCGAAUGCCUCUGGUAAACGACGACGUGAAACUCGAUCCACGAACGAACAAUGUGAAGUAAAUCCAAACACCACGGGUGAUUUGCUGUUUGUUGCAUUUAUCGUCAAGCCUCGAUUUUCGUGCCUUCUUAACGGCUGCCGAAAGAACUUCAACGAAACAUUCGAAAAAGUCACUGCGAUUAUACGUUCACAGGCACUAAUACUACUAACUUUGGCUAACGGAUCGACAAUUAUGACAGAGACCGUUUUCUGUUCCACUGGACAGGUUAAACCAGUUGAACUAACGACUAUAGUCUCUACAACUAAAGCUACAACUACUACUAGUAUUACUAUGAUGACGACAACAACGACAACCACAACGACAGGUAUUUUGUUUGAUUUUGGUCAUAUUUGA